CCAAAGAAAAACCCACGUUGACGGAAUCACUCAGGAAAGGUUAGCAUUUUACCAGCGAUUGGUUGAUCCUACAUCCUCUUCUUGUUCCAGCGCCACCUUUGAACCAUCGAGAGGAGCUCACAGUGUCGUUUAUCAGCUGAGAGGAGUUUCCUGCUGGACCACAGAUCAUUGUGGACUGCUUUGGUGACCGCUGCGAUCAUUUCCUCUCUAUCUUGACUUGACUUUAAUAGGAUUUAGCAACGUGGCUUGUGCUGGUCGACAGGAAUAUAUUGUCUGUGGCCUCCAAAAAGAUGAACAGCUAGAAGCUCAACAAGGAAAACUUGUUUCUGCAUCCAAACAAAUCAGCCGUCAUUCCGGAUGGAUCGCCUAUAGACGUCCCACAAGGUCCUGCUGUGGUUCCAGCCCAGUCCAGCAGACCUAGAAUCUGUCAGGGUAGUGUAAUCACUCACCGUGAGUGUCUCAGGCGCCCGACAGUACAUGUGCCAACGGAAUCCUGCAAUCAUGAGGCCUAAUGAGUGCAGACAAGCCCACUCACCAGCUGAUGGAUUGGCGCUGAGCGGUCCAGGGAAUGGGACGAUUCAAAUUGCACAACGCAGACCCAUUUCCAUGGAGAGGGGAAGAACUCACGACGUGAUAGAUGGCUCAAUCAUUCCCACAUCUCUGCCAGCCUCUUCCUAUCGUACCUGCAUCCGCCGAGAGGUGCCGCCGAGGUGCACCAGCUCUGUCGUGUUUUUGGACAGGCUAUUUUCGCUGUGUCUGGUGGCACCGCAAGAGAGAGAAGCGCGUCAGCAGCACAGGUCCAGCUUGUUUGUUCGCCUUUGCGCAUCCUCGGUUAACCAGCGGGAUAAAGCAAAACAAACCUCCGGGAGACCCAGAGUGGCCAUGUUGGACAUCAACCAGCAUGGAGAACCUCCCUCAGAGCAGCCAGGGCAAGAGGUUAGGCUAACAACGUUGGCUCGUGGUGCGAACAGGGAGGCCGCCACUGUGAGGUUCUUGCCAAUCCCAAAGCCAAGCCCUGCAAGCAAACGGAGGCAGAAUGCAGAUGAAGCAUCCCUUGCCGGCCGCAGCCUUUUCCAUCACACUUUCGAUCCCGGCCCAGCAACGAGAGCUCACAGCUGGACAGAAGAACCCCGAGAAUGUCCUGCACGGCCGUCAGCAUAUCUUUCCCACCUGAACUGUCUGGAAGACUCGCCCAAGUCACUCAGUCUCAAAGAGGCUCUGGAGCUCUUCAGGCCAGACUUCAUCAGCCGAUCCCAGGGUCGAGUGAGGAGGAUGGAGCAGAGGGCGAGGAGGAGAAGGAGGAGAGCCCUGCAGGUCCCAGGUCUCGGGACGGGCAGGGGCACACCAAGGAAGAAUUGCACCACACCAGAUCCACUUAGCGAUAACCUUUUCAAGCCAAGGGAUCGGUCUAUAUCAGGCAGAGAGAUGCAGCGCAGGUCCAGACGGAUGUACAACAGGCUGCCGGAGGUGGAGAAGAAAAAGCAGGAGGAAGAAAAGAGAGCAGUUUCACAAGCCAACAGACUGAGAGCUGACCUCUUUAAGAAGAGACUUCUGGAGCAGAUCCUGCAACGAUGAAAAACUGAAGGCGAUACACUGAAAGGUGCGAGGGCAGUAGAAGCUGCUCUCCUACCAUGUCGCCUGCUUCCAGAUAAUGAGGAAGGACUGACAGACAGUUGGACGCAAGAAGAAGGCCUGCCAGGCUGCAGCAUCGCCCUCCUCAUCGUCUACUCAGACCCCUUGACUGUCUUCCCCUGUUGGCUGACUCACACGGCCUCGAGGUGUUGGACUGACGGAGGAAGAAUAGCUUGUUACAAUCAAACAGGAGUGUUUGGUUGUACAGGUACCAUUUCACUGACACCUGUAUCAUGUCCACAUCUGUCCUCCACGGUCCUCUCUGAGUUACCAACAGGGGCUUCUGACGAGAUAUUAUGACGAGAUAUUAUAGCAAUGCCUCGGUAGAAAACAAAAAUGCCUCCAAGUGUCUCAUCUUCUUUUGUAAGAUUCGUUAAACAUCCCCUAUUAUACAAAAAUGACUUUUAAUGAUGUUCUAACAGUCAUAUGUGUCCCUGUAGCCUGUUUAUGACCACCAAACGUGAGAAAAAUCUGUCAUCCCCCUCACUUGUUUGCUCCACUUUGAUAGAAGAGGAGCUCAAAUACCGGCUUUUGAUGACGUCAUGCAAGAAAACCCGCCUUCCUCAUGGACAAGAUAGUUUGUUAUUAUCGCUCAUAUUUUUAUUUAUGUAUUAUUAUUAUUUCUCUCUGCUUUCUUUUAAUUAUUUUUAUUUGGUUUGCCUUGUAAACCUGUCAUCAUGCUAGUAUA